AUGGUCAAAAUUGCGGAUCUUAAGGUGGACCAGUUACGGUUCCUGUUAAGAGAGCGGAACUUGGCAGUUUCGGGCUCCAGAGCCGAAUUAGUACAACGACUAAUUGAGUUUGAGAAAACCGAAGACGUAGAGAUGCCACAAGCAGCUGGAAACAUAAGUCAACAUGAGGAGGAGACGCUGACGUCACAUGCGGCGGCAAUUUCACACAUGCAAAAUGAAAUGACGGAGCUGAAGAAUAUGAUGGUUCAGUUGGUCAUCAUGCAACGACAAAACGCGGAAGCAACAGCAUCAGGUGAAACAGCACAAGCGGCAGCAGCAACAACAAACCACCAGCAGAUCAGAGAAGAAAAUACCGAAGGUAGACAGGCUACCAAUUACGUAAGGCAAGCGUCGGUCAAGGAAAUAGCAAAUACCUUGCCGGACUAUGACCCCAGCGACGAUAACGCCAUCUCCGUAGACCAGUUCAUCGAUCGUGUCAACAGGGUAGUUGAGGCUUACCAAUGGGACGAGAAGUUUCUUUUGCUCGCCAUUUAUACGCGGCUUAAGGGUCCCGCUAAGAUGUGGCUCGACUCGUCGCCGGUUCUACACACCACAUGGAGUGACUUCGCUGCAGCUAUAAGAGACGAGUUUGGAUCUAACCCAGAUGAGGCAGAAGUUCACUUCAAUAUGGCCAAUGCAACCAGAAGAUCAAAGGAGACAGUAAAGGAGUACUGUUUCCGGAUGUCCGCCCUUGGCGUGCGAGGUCGACCAAUCGCAAACAAAAAGGAGUUCGUACCAAAAGGCAGCAACUUUGAGACAAAGCAGGAUUACGACGUAAAGCCAACAAAGCCAAAGGAGGCUCAGAAGUGCUACAAUUGUGGAGAAUUGGGGCACUUCGCUAGUUCAUGCCAACAAGAAAAAAAGAAGUCGCGUUGUACCAACUGCAAUAAGUUUCAUGCACGCAAUGAGAAAUGCCAACCGGCAGAUAUGAUGCGUUUGGGUGCCGCGAAUCUCGACAAGCUAUUCACUAGGAAAAUCUACAUAAAGUCGUACAUCUAUAGCGCCUUCAUUGAUACUGGAAGUCAGGCUAGUAUCAUGCGCCAAUCAGUUGCCAAACAAAUCAACGCUGAUCGCCACAAGUGCUCUAUGAAGAUUCGAGGCAUUUAUGGGGGUUCCUGUAUCCUGACUGAAGCAAUGGUUGUGGAUAUGGACAUCGAUGGAAAAAUGAUUACGGCCAAAGUAUACGUAGCAGACGACGACCUGCUGCAAGAGGACUUUCUGUUAGGACAAGACGUCAUCAUUAGCGGUCAGCUAUCGCUGAAGUUUGAGUCAGGCGACACCGAAGUGAAACGUGCUGUUCAUCAACCGGUAGCGUUUGUAAGCGACAACCUAACUACAAAACUUCUUGUCAAUCUACAGAACCAGCAGGAAAGAAGUAAAAUGGGCGGUUUGCUGGAGAAGUUCAACCAUGUUUUCUCCACAGGACUGCAAGGCAUAGGCAAAACCAACAUCGUCCAAGCCAACAUUAGCGUUGAGAGUGGCCAAGUGGUUUCGCAAGCGCCAUACCGAGUAUCCGAGCCAAAGAAGGAAAUUGUAAGCAGAAUGGUCGAAGAGCUGUUGGAGCAGGAUAUUAUCAUACCAUCCACGUCAGAGUACGCCAGCCCAGUGGUGCUCAUCAAGAAGCCAAACGGUAGUGAUCGACUCUGUGUUGAUUACCGCCGUCUCAAUAAACUGAUCAAGAAGGAAAAUUUUCCUGUACCGAACAUCGAGGAGCGUCUGCAGGACGCGAAGCGAUUUAAAUACCUUUCUUCUCUGGAUCUCAACAGCGGUUAUUAUCAGAUAGAAGUAGCACCGGAAAGUAGAAAGUUUACUGCAUUCAUCACUACGGAAACUGCACCUGCUGUUUUCAAUCGACUCAUGGCAGAAUUACAGAAGCGAGUGCAGAAAGGCGACAUGAUACAUUACAUGGACGACAUCUUAAUUGGUAGUCAGACGUUUGACGAGAUGUAUGAGAAGCUUGAGCGAAUCCUCCAAGUAUUGCAAGAGUGCGGACUAACGCUAAAUCUGGAUAAAUGUGAAUUGUUCAAGCAAACAAUUACAUUCCUGGGUCAUCAGAUACACGCAGACGGCAUCAGUCCUGGAGAGGUUAAGACGAACGCUAUUGCAUUGUUCUCGACGCCGAGCAAUGUGACUGAAGUACGGCAGUUUUUGGGUCUCAGCGGUUACUUCCGGAAAUUUGUUGCCGGAUAUGCCAUUAUUUCGGAUCCCCUGCGUACCCUGUUGCGCAAAGACCAGACGUUCAAGUGGGAACAGCCACAACAGGAUGCAUUUGACGAGUUAAAGAGACGCCUAAAAUCGAAGCCCGUUGUCACCAGUUACCGACUCGAUGCUGAGCAUGAGCUACAUACGGAUGCCAGUGCCGUUGGCUUAGCCGGAGUAUUGCUGCAGAAGGAUGAGGAUCAGAUGAAGCCAAUUGCUUACUAUAGCCGAGCAACGUCCAAACCAGAGAAGAACUACCACAGUUACGAACUAGAAGCUCUAGCCGUCGUCGAGUCGUUGGAGCGAUUUAAAUAUUACAUAUAUGGUAAGCGUAUUAAAGUCGUUACCGAUUGUAAUGCCCUGAAAACAUCAAUGGAGAAACGAGAGCUUAUACCCCGAAUUGCAAGAUGGUGGCUACGUAUACAAGAAUUUGACAUAGACAUUGUUCAUCGAGCUGGAACACAGAUGAAUCAUGUUGACGCGCUAAGUCGAGCUCCAUUUGAGGAUGCACAUGAGCUGGACACAGCAUCCCUGCAAAUUUCGAAGACCAUCAUCGACGAGGCUGAUUCGUUGUUUGCCAUACAAUUGCAAGAUGAGAAAAUCCAGAAGAUUGUCGCUGAGAUGAACAUUGAUAAGAAAUCUGAGACCGACGAGUAUGUGAUCGAGCAAGAUCGCCUGUUUCGCAAAUAUGACGGCAAACUACUAUGGCUAUUGUAUGGUUAUGAGCCACGAGAUAUCCUCAAGAACACAGUGACAAAUGCGAUCCAAGGCCCGGAUCUGAAGAUGCUGACAGAUGACGAGUUGGAAAAGCUACGAGCAGAUGCUGCGACUACAGUCAACGAUCAUAGGGCUGCUGCGAAGAAACGUUACGAUGCUAGACAUUCCAAGCCAACCUUGGUGAUCUUGUGUUAG